CACUGCAGGUACCGUAGAAAUCUCCAUAUAAACCUCUAGAUCCCACCACUCCCUCCAACAUAACCGCCCUAUAUGCCUCCCCUCAGUCUGCAAUGGCUCCAACAGAAUGCUUGUAAAUGGGAGAUUCGGUCUCCCCUGGCAACGCUUUGAUUGCAGCGGAUCGGAGAUUAUUAUGUCCAUCCCAGACGAAUUCGCAGCCGCUGUUGAAGCCACCACACCGGAAUGCACAGAAAUCGGGAUGGAGAACGGCCAGAUUGCCGAGGAGUCCGCAGCUGAUAGCGGAGAAAUUGCGGGCACCGCUGAGAACCUGAAUCCAAAUCUUCUCGCGGCGGAUGAACGGAGUGAUUUGAAUUCGGUUACUGAUCAUUUCUUCGAGGUUUGUUCUGAGAAAGCCAGCGGAGAGGUUCUGCAGAUGAUUAAACCACAUUCGCAGCUGCCGCAGCCAGAGGCGCCGCCAGGUGUGUCUGCGCUGGUGUCCCCCCGUGACCUUGAACGCUCUAAGUCUAUGCCGGAGAGUUUCGAUGUGCCGGCGAUUGGAAAAUUCUUUCGGGAGAAGAGCAGUAGCUUAUCGUCAGCCAUCACUAGGCGGAUAUCGUCUUUGAGGGAACCAGUCGAGGAGGAGAAGGCGAAGGCCGAUUGUCGCGUGACGGAAAUCAAUCUCUCCGGUCUGAAAGUGGUCGUGAAACUGAAGCCGGACGAGGAACAGGGUCCGCGGCUACUAGGAAGAGUGGCCUUCUUCUCGCGAUCCAAUUGCCGAGACUGUACGGCGGUCCGCUCGUUCCUGCACGAGAGAAGGCUCAAUUUUGUGGAAAUCAACAUCGACGUGUAUCCGGAGAGGGAGAAGGAAUUAGUGGAGCGGACUGGGAAUGCAAUUGUGCCGCAGGUUUUCCUUAAUGAGAAGUUUCUGGGAGGCCUUGUGGUCUUGAAUUCCCUGCGGAACAGCGGAAUGCUGGAGAAGAAACUCGGAGAAAUGAUGGCCGUAAAGUGCCCUGACGAUGCCCCGUCGCCUCCGGUCUACGGGUUUGGUGAGCCAGAGGAGCAGAGGGACCAGAUGGCGGACAUUGUGAGAGUUGUGAGGCAAAAGCUUCCUAUCCAGGACCGGAUAAUGAGGAUGAAGAUAGUGAAGAACUGCUUCGCCGGCGGCCAACUCGUGGAGGCUGUAAUACACCACCUGGACUGCGGCCGUCACAAGGCUAUUGAAAUUGGGAAACAGUUAGCUAGAAGGCAUUUUAUCCACCACGUGUUUGGGGAAAACGAAUUUGAGGAUGGAAACAAGCAGUUCUAUCGGUUCCUUGAACAUGAACCGUUCAUUCCCAAAUGUUACAAUUUCAGGGGAUCCACAAAUGAUAGUGAACCUCGAGCUUCUGCUGCCAUGGGUCUCAGGCUUUCCAAGAUAAUGUCUGCAAUACUAGAGAAAUUUGCCUCUGAAGAUAGGCGCCGUCUUGAUUACGUCGGCAUUACCAACAGUGAAGAAUUUAGGAGGUACAUAAAUUUGGUUCAAAAUCUCCAGAGAGUGAAUCUGGAGACACUUUCAGCAGAUGAAUUACUAGCCUUAUUUCUCAAUUUGUACAACGCCAUGGCAAUUCAUGGUGUGAUAAGGAUUGGGCAUCCUGGCGGCAUGAUUGACAGGAGGGCCUUCUUUGCUGACUUCCAGUACGUAGUUGGGGGCUAUCCAUAUUCUCUAUCUGCAAUUAAAGAGGGGAUUCUUAGAGGCAAUAAAAGAGCACCUUUUACUUUGGUAAAACCUUUCUUCAAUGGGGAUAAGCGUUUAGAGAUGGCGCUUACAAAAGUGAAUCCAUUGAUCCAUUUUGGAGUGUGCAAUGCAACAAGAUCAAGCCCAGCUGCAAAGUUUUUCACUCCCGAAAAUGUGGAAUCUGAACUAAAGUAUGUGACGAGGGAGUUUUUCCGGAGGGAUGAUGCCAUGCAGGUGGACCUGAGCAAGAGGACUGUGUACCUUAGCCGGACAAUGAAGUGGUAUAGCGCGGAUUUUGGGCCGCACCAAAACGAAAUAUUAAAAUGGAUAGUCACUUACUUGGAUGCAACCAAGGCAGGUCUUCUCACACACCUCCUCACUGACGGUGCUCCAGUUAACGUUCUUCAUUACAAUUUUGAUUGCUCUCUAAACGCCUAACUCACCCUAUAUAUCUUACGCUACGUUUCAGGCCAGGGCAAUGGUUUUCGAUAUAAUUAAUUAAUUUAUUUAUUUAUUUAUUACCCACCCUGCCCGUCGGCCCGCCCUCCAACUCUUUUCAGUGUUUUAAAGUGGAAGCUGCAAAUCUUCUUUUACUGAGUUUUUUUCGAAUUAAUGCUAAUUAAUUACGAAAAUAAUGUUGGGUUAAAAGUAUUUAC